CAGUUUUCAGUUAACAGUCGAGCGGUGAACAUGAACCCGGUUUUGGGUAACCCCAGCAACCGUUAGAACCAAUAUAAAUAUUUUCCAACUGUCAACAAGCCGCGAGUUGCCAAGUGUUAUAAAUAAUUCGAGUACCUGCUACGCAAAUAUCUAGUUUCCAUUUACAAGUAUUGGAUUAGCGAAGAUGGCCUGUUCCACAGAUGUUUUGAAGGGCCUUGCCCUCUUCUGGGAUAUUAUCUAUGCUCUGUUUGGCCUGGCUGUGAUUGGCCUUGGAGUGCACAUCAUCUACGAAUUCGAGCACUUCAACACGGCCGCCUUCGUCAUCAUCGGCGGGAGCGUGGUCGUCGUUCUGACCGCGAUUUUCGGAGCUCUGGGAGCAGCACGUGAGAGCAGCGCUAUAUCCAAGGUGUUUGUGGUUAUCCUGGUUAUCUUGAUCGUUUUGCAAAUUAUAGUGGUGGGUUUCCUUUGGGCCUUCCAAACCUCACUGCUCAUAAACGUGGACAAAACAUUUGAUCAGCUGUGGAACGAUCAGCCCGUGCCCAUUAAGCCAGGAAAUCAGAGUCAGAUAGCCAGCCUUGAGCGAUGGUUGGACUGCUGUGGAAAUGUGGGACCCACGGACUAUGUUCUGCCGCCAAAUAGUUGCUACAACAGCGAAAGUGACAAACUGAAUCUCGAGGGCUGCCGGCAAAAGUUCCUGGACUUCAUCGCCGAUCGUUGGACGACAUUCAACUUUGGCGCCCUGGUGCUAGUUGGUGUGGAGAUCAUUUGCGCUCUGUUGGCCUACGUUCUGGCCAAUAGCAUUGUGAACCGCUGGCGACGCUCAAAGUACUAUGCAAAAUAGAUUAAUGUACAAAUUUUGAAGUUAUUGCAUUUCAAAAACCGAAAUCAAGUUGUAGCUGCGCAUACUUAAGGCCAAAGAACUCUCCAUACAAAUACUUAAAUCGAAAACUCACUAGAGAUUCCAGAACAAAUUUACUUAAGCCAAGUUAACCGAGGGCAGUGCGUCGAUUGUAUUCUAUUUAUCAGUUUGGAUAACUGUUUUUUUGGAGCGGAUCAUAAUCCGUUUACGAGGUAAUUUAAUCUACACUAAGCUCGACUUAAGGAACUAUUACUUUUUGUAACCGCAUUUCGAGAAGCCAAACCAAAAUAAAGAAUUGUUCGUA